ACGCAUUCAAGUACAAUGGCGCAAGCGCAGCUGUUGUCCCUGUUCUCGCGAUGGAUGAAGCCGGUAGACGAUUUUGAACCAGGCCUGGAGGAGUUGAAGAAGCACCUUAUUCAUAUCAUAUCCAGAGUCCAAGGUCUCCAGGCUAUUGUAUUCACAGACAGAGACGGUGUGCCUCUAAUCAAAGCUGCGACAGAUGGAGCACCUGAGCAUGCCUUGAGGCCUGGCUUUCUGGCAACAGUGGGCAUGGCCAUGUCUCAAGGCAACAAGCUGGGGCUGGGCAAAUGCAACAAGAUGAUUUCCUCUUAUGGCAACUACCAGGUGGUGAGUUUCAACAGGCAUCCUGUUACCAUCACCCUUGUGGCAAGCAGUUCAGCAAACACUGGCAUGAUACUGAACCUUGAAGAGGAGCUGAACACAGUUUCCCAAACACUAAGGAGUGUUGUUGAAGCUUCUUAACUCUUGUAAACAGGUCAUCUCUGCAGCCCAGCAAGGUCUGAAUACCAAGCCUUCCAGUUCGUUACUUGGUCUGCAUCAGUCAGUCAAACAUGGCGUCCUCCCACGAUUUCAAGCUCGAGUACUGAAGCGUUAUCAAAUUUUUAUGCAAAGAAGGAAGUUCUGCCAAAGAUAUCCACAGUAGGAUGGUGAAUGUCCUUCAUAUGCUACAGUGACUCGGUGGUUCUAUGAGUUCAAACGUGGCCGUGUGCACGUGGAAGACGACCCAAGGUCAGGGCGGCUGACCACUUCAACCGAUUUGGACCAUUCAGCCUCAGCAGAGAGCCUUAUCAUGAAUAAUCGCCGAAUCAAGGUGUCCGAAGUUGCCGGAGAAUUGAAAAUUUCUUAUGGCAGUGCUUUCACUAUCAUCCACAAUGUUUUGGGUAUGUCGAAGGUCUCGGCACGAUGGGUGCCACGGAACCUCUCAGCGCAAGAUCGACACCACCUUGUGCAUUUAUCAAGAAGACUUUUGCACCUCUAUUCUAGCGACCCAGAAGAUUUUCUCUCCCGCCUUGUGACGGGAUGAGACGUGGCUGUAUCGGUGGGACCCAAAAACAAAACAGCAGUCUGUGCAGUGGAGGCAUUCGGGGUCCCCUCCCCCGAAAAAAUUCAAGACCCAAUGCUCAGGGAGGAAAGGGAUGGCGACACUUUUUUGGGAUGCAAAGGGGAUCCUGCUCGUUGGGUAUCUUGAAAACAGUAGGCCAGUUAUAGGCGAAUACUACGCCAACGUUCUUCAAAAACUGCAUAAAGCCAUCGUGGAAAAACGACGAGGAUUAGUGACAUGAGGUGUCCUCCUCCUUCACGACAACGCCCCGGUUCACAGGUCUCGUGUUGCCCAGGCUGCCAUUCGAGAGCGUGGUUUCGAAAAGCUGGACCACCCACCCUACAGUCCCGACCUGGCCUCGAGUGACUUUAUUUAUUUCCGAAUUUGAAGAAACACCUCAAGGGAUCGAGGUUUGAUGACUUAAACUCGCUUCAAACUGCCGCAGAGGAGUGGCUUGGUAACCAGGAACGAAGUUUUUUUUUUUAUUGCGAUAGCAAUUAUAUGGACACUCCAAAGCGGAUUUCUGCCGUCGCCGUGAGGUUCCGUAUGACGUCAAUGGCGAUGAAAUUGUCGCCGCGCGCGGGACGCUGAAGUGCGAGUGAAAUGGCGCGAGGGACGCGCGCUUUCACGGGGAGUGAACGCACGGCGGAGAACAAAAGCGUGUUCUGCGCCGUGCUCCCUGAAGGGCUGCAGAAUUAAGCGUCUCUUUCCUCCUUUACAAUCACCAUAUAUAUAGAGAGAAACGCGACUUCUUCCGUCGCGCGAAAGGCCGU